UGCGCGAAAGUUUAGUUAGUUGAACUUAAUAUUGUCUAGCGUGCGGACGUGCUGUGGCUCCCACAACAAAUACUAGUUGAAACAAGAAACUGUGCGAAAAGAAAAGCGCGAGUUAAAGAAGUUAAAAGCGACUUGGUCAAGGAAACAGGUUGAUGCAAUAUGCCGCCCAACGCCCAUGCCGGUGCCCAGUCCAUCACGGACUCGCUGAUCGCCGCAGCUAAUGCAGCCGCUGAUUCCGAUCAGAACCCCACCAAGCUGCAGCAGGACUCCACUGGUGUGCUCUUCGAGUGCGAUGUGGAGACCACCGAUGGCGGCCUGGUCAAGGACAUUCUGCCGAUGAAGAAGGCGGACAAGCGCAAAAUGAAGCUCGUCUGGCGCAACAUCAUUGCCUUUGGAUACUUGCAUUUGGCUGCACUCUACGGCGCUUAUCUGAUGAUUACCUCCGCGAAGUGGGAGACAAUCGGCUUAGCUUACAUCUUAUAUGCCGUCUCCGGAUUGGGAAUCACUGCUGGCGCUCAUCGUCUCUGGGCCCAUCGUUCAUACAAGGCAAAGUGGCCGCUGCGUGUGAUCCUGGCUACCUUCAACACCAUUGCCUUCCAGGAUGCCGCCUAUCACUGGGCGCGCGAUCAUCGUGUCCAUCACAAGUACUCGGAGACAGAUGCCGAUCCCCACAAUGCCACCCGUGGCUUCUUUUUCUCGCACAUUGGCUGGUUGCUGUGCAAGAAGCAUCCCGAGGUUAAGGCCAAGGGUAAGGGUGUUGAUCUAUCUGAUCUGCGCAAGGACCCCGUUCUGAUGUUCCAGAAGAAAUACUACAUGAUUCUGAUGCCUCUGGCCUGCUUUAUUCUGCCAACGAUCAUUCCCAUGUACUUCUGGAAUGAGACGUUUGUGAAUGCGUGGUUCGUGGCCACCAUGUUCCGUUGGUGCUUCAUCCUGAAUGUGACCUGGCUGGUGAACAGUGCCGCCCACAAGUUCGGUGGUCGCCCCUAUGACAAAGUUAUCAGCCCCUCCCAGAACAUCUCCGUCGCAAUUCUGGCCUUCGGUGAGGGUUGGCAUAACUAUCAUCAUGUGUUCCCCUGGGACUACAAGACGGCCGAGCUUGGCAAAUACUCUCUAAACUUCACCACCGCCUUCAUUGACUUCUUCGCCAAGAUUGGCUGGGCCUACGACCUAAAGACCGUGUCCGCAGAGAUCAUCAAGAAGCGUGUGAAGCGCACUGGUGACGGCACCCAUGCCACUUGGGGCUGGGGCGACCGCGAUCAGCCCACGGAUGAGAUCGAAGAAGCGCUGAUUAUUAACAAGAAAAGCGAUUAAGCGAGUGAGCGAGCGAGGGAGCAAGCAAGCAAAUAGGAAGCUGAUCAGGGAGGGUUUAGCCGAAAAUCAAUCAAAACCAACACAAUUUUCCAUUUUGCACGUGUCCGCGAAACAUUUCCUUAGCAGCGCAUAUAAAACGUAAAAAAAAGUAAAACCAUUUAAUUAAUUUUAAGAUAAAACGUUGAGGAUAAAUGUUUGUUGUUUAUCGUAACUCUAUACCGUCUGUGUUAAUCCAGCUCUGGAAAUAUGUUUUUUUCGCUCUGGAAUUGCUUUUGAAGACAGACAGAAACUACCUUAAAAUUUACAUGUGCAUACAUUUGAUUAAACAAAACAUUGUAUAUUCAGAUUCAGAUUUGAUUUGUAAUUCCAUCGUACAAUUGAGUCAAAUUUGUGCUUUGUAUUAACUAUUAUUUUGGAGUUCAUAAUGGAAGAGGAAGGAGGAGGAGAUAUUUUCAGCUAAAAACUAAGUUUAAUAAAUACACAUUAAAGUUGAACUUGCUGUUUCAAAACGAGGAAUACCUGCAAA